GGCGGGCGGGAGGGCAUGGCGGGCCGCGGCCGCCGCGCCUGGCUCAGCGUCCUGCUGGGGCUGGUGCUGGGCUUCGUGCUCGCCUCCCGCCUCGUCCUGCCCCGCGCCUCCGAGCUGGCGGCGGCGGCGCGGCCCCGCCGAGCCCGCCCGCAGGGCUGCCGCCCACCGCCCGCCGCCGCCGCCGCCCCGCCGCGCCGUCCCGGCCCGCCGGCACAGAGCUUCCUCUUCGUGGGGGUGAUGACGGCGCAGAAGUACCUGAGGAGCCGCGCUGUGGCCGCCCACCGAACAUGGUCCAGAACCAUUCCUGGCAAGGUUGAAUUCUUCUCCAGCGAAGGUUCCGACACCUCCAUCCCCAUUCCCAUUGUGCCGCUCCCGGGUGUCGAUGACUCUUACCCACCCCAGAAGAAAUCUUUCAUGAUGCUCAAAUACAUGCAUGACCACUACUUGGACAAAUACGAAUGGUUUAUGAGAGCUGACGACGACGUUUACAUCAAAGGGGACAAACUGGAGAACUUCCUCAGGAGUCUGAACAGCAGCGAACCCCUCUUUCUCGGCCAGACCGGUUUGGGCACCACGGAGGAGAUGGGGAAGCUGGCUCUGGAACCAGGAGAGAAUUUCUGCAUGGGAGGACCAGGAGUCAUCAUGAGCCGGGAGGUCCUGAGGAGGAUGGUGCCCCACAUUGGAGAGUGCCUGAGGGAGAUGUACACCACCCACGAGGACGUGGAGGUGGGGAGAUGUGUACGGAGGUUUGCAGGAGUGCAGUGUGUCUGGUCCUACGAGAUGCAGCAGCUGUUUUAUGAAAACUACGAGCAGAACAAAAAGGGCUACAUCCGGGACCUGAGGAACAGCAAAAUCCACAGAGCCAUCACGCUGCACCCCAACAAGAACCCCCCCUACCAGUACAGACUGCACAGCUACAUGUUGAGCCGCAAGAUCGCGGAGCUGCGGCACCGGACCGUGCAGCUCCACAGGGAAAUCGUCCUGAUGAGCAAGUACAGCAACACGGAAAUCCACAAGGAUGAUCUGCAGCUGGGGAUGCCACCCUCCUUCAUGAGAUUCCAGCCCCGCCACCGGGAAGAAAUCCUGGAGUGGGAAUACCUCACAGGCAAGUAUUUGUAUUCGGGUGCUGACGGGCAGCCCCCUCGGAGAGGGAUGGACUCGUCGCAGCGCGAAGCGUUGGAUGACAUCGUGAUGCAGGUCAUGGAAAUGAUCAAUGCCAACGCCAAGACCCGGGGCAGGAUCAUAGAUUUCAAGGAAAUCCAGUAUGGCUAUAGGAGGGUAAAUCCCCUGUACGGAGCAGAGUACGUCCUGGACUUGUUGCUUCUGUACAAAAAGCACAAGGGGAAGAAGAUGACGGUGCCCGUCAGGAGGCACGCGUACCUGCAGCAGACCUUCAGCAAGAUCCAGUUCAUGGAGCACGAAGAGAUGGAUGCCAAAGAGCUGGCCAGCAAAAUCAACCAGGAUUCUGGCUCUUUGUCUUUCCUCUCCAACUCGCUGAAGAUGUUCGUUCCCUUCCAGCUCAGCCGAUCAAAAGCGGAGAGGAAGGAACUCAAAGACAAGAAGAUCAACAUCCUGAUGCCUCUCUCCGGGCGUUUUGACAUGUUUGCCAGGUUCAUGGGGAAUUUUGAGAAGACCUGCCUCAUUCCAAACCAGAACGUCAAGCUGGUGGUCCUGCUUUUCAAUUCCAACUCCAACCCUGACAAGGCGAAGCAGAUCGAGCUGAUGAGAGAUUACCACUCCAAGUACCCCAAGGCUGACAUGCAGGUCUUACCAGUGUCAGGGGAGUUCUCCAGGGCACUGGCUCUGGAAGUUGGAUCUUCUCAGUUCCAGAAUGAGUCUUUGCUUUUCUUCUGCGACGUUGACUUGGUGUUCACCACGGAAUUCCUCCAGAGGUGUAGAGCCAACACAGUUUUGGGUCAACAAGUCUACUUUCCCAUCAUUUUUAGCCAGUACGAUCCAAAGAUUGUUUAUAGUGGAAAGGUUCCUAGUGACAAUCAUUUUGCUUUCACCCAGAAAACAGGUUUCUGGAGGAACUAUGGCUUUGGUAUUACCUGUAUUUACAAGGGUGACCUUAUUCGUGCAGGUGGCUUUGAUGUCUCCAUCCAAGGCUGGGGCCUUGAAGACGUUGACCUAUUUAACAAAGUCAUUCAAGCUGGCUUAAAAACUUUCCGAAGCCAAGAAAUUGGAGUAGUCCAUGUGCAUCACCCUGUUUUUUGUGACCCUAAUCUUGAUCCAAAACAAUAUAAAAUGUGCUUGGGGUCCAAAGCUUCAACUUAUGGGUCCACACAGCAGCUGGCUGAAAUAUGGUUUGAAAAAAAUGACCCAAAUUUUGGGAAAAGCAGCAAUACCAAUGACUCGGUGAGGACAGCCUAAUGUCCAGCUAUGCUGGAAAAGACUUUUUUUUUAAUUAUCUAAUUUAUUUUUGGGAAAACGUUUUUUGAUAAUUCACUUUUAAAAGACCACACAGGAUAUAUUUUAGAAAUCAUCCUUGUUUUCUUAUAAAGCUCUCGUUUUGGCGAAGAACAAGGCCGUUGGGUUUUUGUUGUUGCUGUUGUUGUUGUGGGGUUUUUUUUGGUUUUUUUUUUUUGGUUUUUGAACAAAACUGUGAUCAACAUUUGCCUUCAAACAAACAAGCAGACAAAUUGGUUUAGGAGUUAAUCAGCAUAAAACCUGACUUGAAUUAGAAUUUCCUCCUGAACAGAAAGUUGGUUUCCUACCUUUCCCGCUGCUGUCGUCGUUGCUGGGAUUCUGCCCAUCCAGACCUGAGCAUGCAACCCAAGUGACAAAAGCUCUGUGUUGAAAUAGUUUUUUUGGGACUGCUCCCAUGCAAAGAUUCUGCUGCUUUUCUUGAGGAGAGCCCUUGGUUUGGUUUUGUUUGGUGUUUUGUUUUGUUUUUAAUUGCAUGAGAACAAACCCGGUCGGUUUGGCAGUGCAAAGGGUAUUAUUAAUCACAGGAGGUUUCGUUGGGUUUUGGUGUUUUUGUAUUUUUUUUUUUCCCCCCAAAUGGCUGAUUAUUUCUGUUUAAAUAUACACUCCCACUGAUCAUGGCCAGGUGGCUUCAAGGGAGGGAAGAAAGUAAGCACAACCUCUUGGCUAAACUGCUCCGUGUAGAAAUCAGUCUGGUUUUUUUAAUUAUUAUUAUUAUUAUUUUAAUUUUAUUUGAUGUAUUCAGAAUCUGUGGUGGGUUCUGUGUGUUCCCCUCGCCUGCUGUCCUGUGUAGAGCCCAAGAGAUGUGAUCAAAAAAACCCUGAAGCAGAAGGAGGGAGGGGAAGUGAGGGGAAGGUGAAUCUCCUGCAGCCCAGCGACAGCACACAAGGAACAAUUGGAGAUCCCUAAAGAGAACUUCACAAAAACAAAUCUCCUGUACUGAGUGUUCUGCACCUGAUUGCUUUGAUUUUGUUCAGUCAGUGAUGUGAUGUUCAUGGGAACAACUAUUACAUUUGAUUACUAGUUUUGUUUGGGAUUAUUUUUUUUUUCCUGUAUCUGAUAGACCGUUAAUUUAUUUAAUAUCCAUUGGCUUAGGUUCUUGACCUUUCCUUGAAUAUCUGUUAGUCAUUUUAAUAUUUUAUAUAUAUAUAUAUGUGUGUGUAAAUAUAUAUAUAUAUAUUAGGAAUGUAUUGCAUCUUCUCACUGAUAAGGUAGUGUACAUCAUACUUGCAGUAAAUGAUCUCCAAAGAUUACUUUCUAAAAAUAUUUUUUCAUGAAUCUUUUUUUUUCUUUUUUUUUUUUUUUCCAAAUUUCUUUUUAACAUUUUUGGGAAUGGCUUCAGUAAACUUAAUUUUUUUCAGUGUUCUGAGAGGAACUGGGGAUGGGGAGGCCAAAUGCAAGGAAAGCAUGAUCCCUGUGAGUUAACACCUAGCAAGGCAAGAGAACAGGAAAGAAACAAAGUGCCUUAAAGCCAGAAAGGAAACCCUUUACACUGAGACUUAGUGAAUGGACAUUGUUGUUGAAGUAGAUGAUCUGUUGGACCUUCCUACCUGUAAAUAUCUCACUCAGCAGAAACAGAAAAUAAAACCCAGCCAACAAUAUAUUUUUCUAUCGACUCCUCCAGCACCGUUUCGUCUCAUUGCUCCCAGUCCCACUUCUGCUCUUUGGGAAGUGGAGAGCAGGGAAGGAAUGGAUUAAAACUGAUGCUUAGGUGGUUGCCAUGUUUGAAGGGAUCUUACAGAGUAAUUGCUCUUCCAGUAGAAGAAACAACCAUUGUUUACACGUGUAUGGAGCAUGAACUGCAGCUCGUGUAGAGUCGAUGUCUUGUAAUGCUCAUCGGUUUUUUUGGUGACAGCCCCAAGGAUGUUGGUACUUGGAUGGAUUCAGUGCAUGGAAAAAUCUUUUCUCUUUUCCUUUUUUUUUUUUUUCUUUUUUUUUUUUUUUUUUUUUCCUUUUCCUUUUUAAUUUUUCUUUUCCUUUUUCUUAAGACUUGCUUCUAAGAUGCAAUAAAGAUUUUUUAUUUGCAA